AUGAACCGACACGUGGCGCAUCUCUGUGCGGGCCGCUACAAGCAACAGCCUUCUAGAUCAAGCUAUCAAGAGUCAAGCCUGUGCCCAGGGCAGGGAUGUCAGGGAUAUCGGGACUAUUCCGCUAUCAAGUACAUCGUAUUGCAUUGUCAUGAUUGUGAUGCGUAUGUCAGCCUCGCCGCCCACCGUGGACAGAUAACCGCCCACCGUGGACAGGUGACUAACCAUUACAUAAUGGCCACCAUGGACAGACAGCAUCAGCCAAAGAAAGAGGAAGAUGGAGAAGAUGGGCCGGGUGGGGGCCGGGUGGAGUCUCCGGGUGGGGGCCGGGUGGAGUCUCCGGGUGGGGGCCGGGUGGAGUCUCCGGGUGGGGGCCGGGAGGAGUCUCCGGGUGGGGGCCGGGUGGAGUCUCCGGGUGGGGGCCGGGUGGAGUCUCCGGGUGGGGGCCGGGUGGAGUCUCCGGGUGGGGGCCGGGUGGAGUCUCCGGGUGGGGGCCGGGUGGAGUCUCCGGGUGGGGGCCGGGUGGAGUCUCCGGGUGGGGGCCGGGUGGAGUCUCCGGGUGGGGGCCGGGUGGAGUCUCCGGGUGGGGGCCGGGUGGAGUCUCCGGGUGGGGGCCGGGUGGAGUCUCCGGGUGGGGGCCGGGUGGAGUCUCCGGGUGGGGGCCGGGUGGAGUCUCCGGGUGGGGGCCGGGUGGAGUCUCCGGGUGGGGGCCGGGUGGAGUCUCCGGGUGGGGGCCGGGUGGAGUCUCCGGGUGGGGGUCCGGCAGGUGACUGGAGGCAGGGCGUCAUGAAGAAGCUGCCUGCGGUCAUAAAUCAUAGACGCAGGGGACAUGGCAUCAAUAAUGGAGAAGCAGCAGCACCGCCCCGGCCCGCCCUAAGCCGGCCCCCCAAACUCCUGCGCCCUCUCCCCAACUCUCGCUCCCUCUCUCCACUCCCCAGCACCCUCUCACCUACCCAAUGGUCCCACAACCCUGCUCCUACAGCAGUUACCUGA